AUCUUGCAAUAAUCUUGGUCUAAGAUAUAACUAGAGUUUGUCUUUUGUUUAUAACUGUCAUCUAUAUUUUUGAACUGUGCUGUCUGUUGAUUAGUGAGGACUAUUUUGUCAGUAUUAUAUGCAGCACCUUAAAAUCUACUUUUGGGUUGAGGAAAGGUUUCCUAAGUAGCUGGAGUCCUUGGCAAAUGGCAUAGGGCUUGAACCAACCCUGGUUGUGAAGAUGAAAGACUCCUUGCAGGACCCACUCGUCAGAUGCCUACAUUAAUUCUACUGGGCCAGUGUUCACCAGCCAACCUACAAAAAGAUCUGUGAAGAGUGGGGUAGGAAUUAGAGUCAACCCAAUUGAGCACUUGAGCACUUGCAAACUCCUGGACCAUUAAGCCUCUGUAACACCCUGUCUGGAAGUGUAGUAUAUGUGUAUUAAUUUGACAAUCAGGUUGGCAUGGCUGCAAAGCAUUUUAAGUAUCCAUUGACUUUUUUGAAACUGAGAUUGAAUGUCUUGGUUAAAUAAAAUACAGAUUUCAAAUAUAUAGAUGGCUAUAAAAUUAAAACCUUUGUGAAGCUAGCCUUUUCACAUCUACCACACUUGUUCUGAUACUUGUACACCAAGAAAGUAUCCACUUGAUAUGUAUUUUAAUUGUAUCAUGUGGCUUUAUGACUAUCAAUAACAUAUAAUAGAAAGCAGAAGGGUGGGAGUGAUUGGUUUAGUCCACACAAAAUGGUGUCUUUAGCACCCAAACCUAUUGUAAAUAAUAAUCUCUUUUGUACAGGCUCUGCAUUUGGCAAUUCCUUCAGUUAAUAUUAAAGUGUUUUGAGUUUUCUGAAUGUCCGAUUAUUUGUUUUGCUUUUUUAGACAUUGCAGAGCUGGUGCACUUCCAGUUAUUGAUCUCAAGGAUGUUUCUUCUGCUGAAUUUACGUCUCUAACUCAAACUAUAGUGGCUUAUAAUGGGUCCAGAUUUUGCUGUCUUACUCUUGACAAUCCUGCAGCGGAGCACUGGUUUGUGGCAGCGUACAUUCCACCUGGAAAUAUCAACAUCAAAGCAGAGUGCUCAAGUACUCCGUGCUAUAAUGUGCUACCUCAAGUGAGGAUUGCUAAGCGGAAACAUGCACAAAUUUUGAAUUUUAACACCACCUUGGUGCAGAGUGUGCAUGCACCCAACACGGCAGCUUAUUUAAAAUUGUUCAUUCCUGAAAAUACAAAAGACGUGACCUUCCAGGUCAUAAACUGUGUGUCAGAAGCCUGGACUACUAAUGACUGCCCCAUAUUACUUACUGUAGGAUCAACGACUCAUCGUCCAGAUUCUGUGAUGAAGCAAAACUGUUUAGGAAGCUCCUUUUGUGUGUUGAGACUCCACCAUCCACCCUGGAAUAAAUGGGUGCCAAUUUCACUGAAUGGCCUGAUCGCUUAUAUGGUCUCUCUUCAUAUUCUAGCCACUCACACAGCUUAUACUCCAGAAAGCCAACGGGGCUUGCAGCCCAUGAUAUCUGCAGACAGAAACAACAUGUUCUUGUGGGCUAAGUCUGUGGACUCUAUCCUUUGUCCACAUAGUCCCCCUGUCAUACCCCAUCAAACAGCAGUAAAUCUUCCGAGCUUCUUCAGUGAGCCUGUUAGCAGAAAAGACACCACACUUCUUUCUGUGAGAUAUACACUGCUGAACGGGCCUGUUGUGAAUGUCUUCCCACGGCUGCCAUCUAUGAUUCCAUUCGAUGUAAAUGAUACAUUGGAUGUUGGUGGCACUCUCAUUAUAGACUUGGAGCUGAGUAAGCUUUCAUUUUUGAACAAGCAUGCUUUGGUGUUUACCUGUUUAUGUGCUCUGUCUCCUGCACUGAUCCUGGAAGAACAAAACUGCAAGACAGCGUUUUACAGUGGACACUCCAUCCAAAUGACCUCGAUAGCACCUGUGGGAAAGAUUCAAGUACAGUACCCUGAACCUGGAAGAUGGUACCUGACCAUGCAAAUCUUGUGUCCUAGCAACAUAUGUGAUUGCAGUGAUACAGUUGCUAAGGUGAAUGUCUCAGCCCGCAUUGCCUGCUGCUCUGACAAAUGUGCGGCCAAUGGAAAAUAUGGCAUUCGGGAGGAGAAAGACUACUAUUAUGGAGCUUGUCUGUGGGAGAAUAUUACAGCUCCAUGGUUGUGUCCUGACACAAGCAAUUCAACCUAUUUACAUGACUUGAAAGCAGUCCUCCUGCUAACCAUAAGCAAUGGAAUCUUCAUCCCUGCUAUUAUACUGGCAGUACGGAGAGGUCACUUUACAGAGUCCGUCAUCUAUGCCUUCACUAUGGUCUUCUCUGCGCUGUAUCAUGCAUGUGAUAUGGAUAGAAUGGUCAGAAUGUGUGUGACCGACCGCAGAGUGCUACAGUAUGGUGAUUUCUUAGCCUCCACUCUCUCCAUCUGGUCAACACUUAUCUGCAUGGCCAGACUGAAGUAUCAGCUCAGAUGUGCACUGUUAGUGAUUGGCUGCAUGUCUAUCAGUAUUUCAUUACAAUAUAAUUUGCUUGGUCAUUGGAGUAUCAUCAUCCCAUGCAUUUUUGCAUUCACAAUUAUGGUGGCCUCUUGGGUGAGACGUGGAAUUUUACGAAGGCAGUGCUACCCAGUGACUUGGAAGCGCUGGGUCUUUUAUCUGCUGCCUGGCACAGUAAUGGCUACACUUGCCUUAGUGGUGUUUUUAUUGUUGAUAACCAAAGAGAAUUAUUUGUACACACACACCAUCUGGCACAUCCUGUGUGGCAUCACCAUACUUUUUUUGCUUCCACCCAGUCCAGCAGAAAAGGAGGUACAAGUCCAGCAAAAGAAGUAUGGAGGAGAAGGAGAAAUAACGCUUAUCUUUUGUUCCAAUCCUCCCUGUAGAAAUUUGAAAGACUUUGUUCGAAAAUGAUUACAAGAAAUUUUCACUAUCUUGAUUGCUGUUGCCGUAUUAAUGGUGUGGCCAUGAAGGAUCACAUUGGUGCUGCUUUCAGACUUGAACAAAUUGGAGGAAGAGCUGUGAACUCAGAUGGCGCUCCAGCUUGGAAUACAGUUCCUAGUUUCUCCCGAAAUAUGGCAUAAUUCAUCAGCCCAAGCAGUUUUUGUAAACCGCACUUGAAGUUUACUUUCAAUACAGGUGUAUCAUUGAGCAGAUGAUGGACAGGACCAUUGGAGGACAUAAAAAGAGUAUUUUUGGAUGUGAUAUCACGGCAGCUUAACUAUAAGCUAAACAAAUGAGCCUGAUGAACUGACUAGUCUCAUCUCAUUUGUCAAAUUUCUUUUGUUCUUAUUUGUGCA